GGUAGAUGCAUGAGUAACAACAACUACUCCUACUACUCACAUCCUCCCUAACAUCCCUAUCUUCUCCACCCGCUCCCGGAUGUACCGCCGCCGCCUCGGUUGCCACGUCUCCGUCAACUGACCCACUUUUUCUUGUUUUUACCGGCGAGGAAUACUAUGGUGAGCAUACGAAGGCGUAGACUCCUCGGACUUUGCUCUUCCGGGAGAAGUUCUUGCAUUGCCCAAUUUGCAAAGUUUCCUGAGAAUGGAUGCGUGCUAGGAAACUUUGUGCAGAAUACAAAACCAAACAUUGUCUAUCCCUUACCAUCAAACGACCUUGACCAGCCGAAGGAGGAAACUGCAACUCCAGGAUCAUCAAGCUUGCCCGCUUCCCCGCCUUCGAAAGACCAGGAAAACCAGAAAUUUUCAGAAGUUAAGCGCCGGAAACGACAGAAGAGGAAACAGAUUGACAGCCCAGAGCCGUGCUUGAUGAGGGGGGUGUAUUUCAAGAACAUGAAAUGGCAAGCAGCCAUUAAAGUUGACAAAAAGCAAAUUCACCUGGGAACUGUUGGGUCUCAGGAAGAAGCUGCCAGGCUGUAUGAUAGGGCUGCUUUCAUGUGUGGGAGAGAGCCCAACUUUGAAAUACCAGAGGAGGAGAAAGAGAAGCUCAGAAAGCUGAACUGGGAAGAAUUCUUAGCCGUCACUCGCUCUGCAAUCACUAGCAAAAAAACCCGAAGAAGAGUGGGCAUAGGUGCUGCAAGGAGAAAACCAGAGCCUUGGGCACAUUACAGCGAAGAAGACGAUGUCGAGCAGCAACAAGGAAAUGGUCUUUCUGCCUCAGAAGAUACAUCUGCUUAAUUACAACAACCCAGUUGAAAUACAUCUGCUUAAUUCUGGUUAUUUUUUUUGUUUGUUGUUCUCAUGCCACAAAUUAUAUUUAUACUACACAAACAAAUCCACUGCUACAUAAUAGUGACACUUCAAAUUAUUAAUACUAAAUUCAGUCCCACAAA